AAACAGGGCAGCUAUUGUUAGCCGCGGAGCAGCCAGCAGGUUGUGUCAGAGCCGAUCCCGCACUCGGCACCUACCUGUUGACUAUUCACUCCCGACAUUCCCGAGUGAGCACCGAGUCACUGUCGAGGAACUAACUCCGACCGCGGGACAGGUGAAGACGCUGAGAAAAAAAAGUGUCUGCGGAACAACUUCAGCAACUCGGAAGUGAAUAUAACUCAACAGGUUAGCUUCUUCAGAUGUUCAGCGGUUAAACAGGAACAUGCCGCUGGGAUAUUGGAAGAAGAAAAACAAGUCCACGAAGGAGCACUUGGUGGAAAACGAGGAGGUGAGCGGCGGACAUGCGGGGAGCGGGAGCUUCAGCAAGUCCUCGGUGAACGGCGCGGGACUCCCGCCUCCACCUGCCAACCUGCGGCCCAAACUGGUGUUCCACACGCAGCUAGCGCACGGAAGUCCCACCGGCAGAGUGGAAGGCUUCGCCAACGUCAAGGAGCUGUAUGGAAAAAUAGCAGACGCUUUUAACAUCAGACCACCUGAGAUCCUAUUCUGCACACUCAACACGCACAAGAUCGACAUGGACAAGCUGCUGGGCGGUCAGAUCGGUCUGGAGGACUUCAUCUUCGCACACGUCAAAGGGAUCAAGAAGGAGGUGGAGGUCCACAAGUCUGAGGACGCUCUGGGGCUCACCAUCACCGACAAUGGCGCCGGUUACGCCUUCAUCAAGCGCAUUAAGGAGGGCAGCGUCGUGGACAAGGUGAAGGUCAUCUGCGUUGGCGAUCACAUCGAGUGCAUCAACGGUCGCAACAUCGUGGGGAUCAGACACUACGAGGUGGCCCGCAUGCUGAAGGAGCUGCCCAGAGACAAGAAGUUCACCCUCAAGCUGAUCGAGCCCAUGAAAGCCUUCGAAAUGCUGGAGCCAAGGUCGAAAGGGGGGAAGCCAGUGAGCGAUAGCAAGAUGGGGACGGGGAAGGGGACGCUCAGACUACGAUCCAAGGGUCCAGCUACAGUGGAGGAGGAGCCGACAGAAUUCGAGGAGAAGGCAGUGAGCAAAGUGGACGACCUGCUGGAGAGCUACAUGGGCAUCAGAGACACGGAACUAGCUGCUACGAUGGUGGAAGUGGGUCGCGACAAGAAGAACCCGGACGAGUUUGCGAUGGCGCUGGACGAAACCCUCGGGGACUUUGCUUUCCCCGACGAGUUUGUGUUCGACGUGUGGGGGGCGAUCGGAGACGCCAAACAGGGCCGGUUUUAAACAGUGAAGCCAGUGGGACCAGCACCAGCAGCGUAGAUUCCCGUCCAGGAGUCUAGAUUAGGAUUAACUUAAGUACAAGUGUCUCAACACUGAACCUGCCAAGCUCCAGAGAUAGUUUUGGACCUCCACUGUCUGACUCUCAACGGUACUUUUAAUCACACUUUGUGCAAUUUUUACCACACAGAUGCUUUUUAUAGAUUCUUUUUAUAUGAAAACAUUGAUUCCGCCGCUCUGUCGUGUCGCUCCUGUAAUGAUAGCUCCGUCCUGCUGUGAUUUUUAUAAACGUAGUGCAGGAGAAGGCGCUGGAGUCAGAAAUAACGGCCGUCGAAACAUGUUGAAGCCAUAUAGCAGUAGUCUGAAAACAAACUUUCUACCAAGAUAACACUAUCAGUGAUGUAUUCUAAAUAAUAUAAGUCUGGUUUUAUUAAAGUAUGGACCUUCUCAUUUGCCACUACUGAGUUUUUUUUCUUGAUGGCGGAGGAUUUUGGUUCGACUUCAGCUUGAAGCUACGCAGGGUUUGGAGUGUACCUCCUCCGUUCUGUGCACUCCGGUUUCCUCCCACGUUCCAAUAACUCACAGAGGGCGUGGGAAGGUGUGAGUGUGUGAGAGACCUGUCCAGGUGUGUGUAGCAGGGAUAGACUCCGACCCCAUUAUGAAGGAAUAUAACGUGAGAAAUUGUUAAAACUGUAUUGAUCGGUCUCACCGACAGAUGUCAGUGGAGAGCACAGAUAAAGCUGAACCAUAUGUACCAUGUUUUGGAGCUACUUUUCUCUCAUAAAUACAAUUGUUUACGUGUCAGUUGUGUUUCUCAUCUCAUCUCAGCUCUGCCAUCACCCAUCUACCUUUCACUUAAAUGAUGAUUCAAAUCACAGUCGGGCAAUUGCUUGUGCAAAAAUAUCCGGUUGACUAUCUGCACUGUCAAUACUUCCAACUCAUUUUUUAUAUUUAUUCAAAAUGCUUUUGGUUCUCCAUCUAACUAAAACAGCUGCCAGACCCUGUCAGAUGUUCCAGGAGAACCACCCAAAGAAAUGCUCAUUUUUUUCAGCAUGUGGGAGAGGCCUCCUGUUUCCACCUCAUAAAUAAGUUUUAGGAAAGUGGCUGCGUCUGAGUGACUCUGCGUGAGGCUGGUAUGGUCAGGUACGACUCCCUGCUCUUGGAGAGGUUUCAAUAUCAAGAGCCAAUCAUGCAAAAUGCUUUGGAUGUGGAAACAUCAAAAUCCAUACCUUGGAUGAGCUGGAUCAGGAGUUCAAAAUUUUUGAUCGGAAAAUUUGAUAGGAAAAGCAAUGAAAAACCUUUUUCAAAAGAUACAAAAAAUAUUACGAUUUUUUUUCCAGCAUAAAAAAUAAAUAUAUAAAACAGCAGAUGCUCCAUACUGAGCUUAAACAAAUCGAUAAAAUGCGUUUGAAUAAAAUGUUCAUAAACCAAAUACACUUCCUGCAUUAUGGAAAAACAAAUGUAUAUUAAAAGACCAAACAUAAGAAAAAAGACAAAAUAACUAAGGUUGCCUAUCAAUUCAGUUUGAUUCAUGUGAAGCAAUUUAUAGAAAGUGGGUCACAAGAAAAUCCAAAUGUUCAAAAUCACCACCAGGAAAGAUUCAAUACAACAAAACUUUAUUAUCUCACUUGAGUAUAAAAUACAUCAAGACGCUCCCUCUCCAUUGUUUAAAACAGACACAGGUAAAUGCAGAGAAACACUGAGAAUACGAGUUCCUUCAUGGACCGACGGUGCGAGUGUUGCAGUGCUUGCUGGGUAAAUACAUGGCGAGGAUCAUUGGAAGACGAUCACAGGAAGUUUGGAAUCUGUGUUGUGGGUUUUUUUUCCGCGCGCAAUCGGAGGUGUGGAGGUGACGACCUUGGCUGGAGUCGAUCCUUCAAGUCGAAGGUAAAAACAGGACAGUCACAUGACGAACUGAAACAUUUGUACUGAAGCACCAGCAGCUUCUAAUGUUUGGCUUUUGUUUGGCUGAUUCUCAAGUGGACGGCGAGGUCGGGGAGGGGUCUCUGAGGAUGUGUAGCCCUUCACAGCCAGACGCCCCACCAUGACCCCUCACAGCUCGUCGGCAGCGUGACCCUCGGGGGUGUCGCCCGUCAGCUUCUCCUGAGCCUCCUUCAUCCCGGAGAUCACUUGGGUGGAAGAGACAACAGGGGUCAAGAAAAGUCACCAUCAUUUUCACGCAGCAUUGUGUUACCAUGCUCCGCAUUGCUGUAGAAAUACUUGUAGUUGGGGUUCCCGUUCUUGUUGGUGAUCUCGGGGUGAACCUUUCCGUUGGGAUCUGACAGCAACACAGAGGACACUACAUCAAUUCGCCUGCAGUAUUGAGGGCAAGUCAGUGGCUUGUUUCACACUGGACGAAAAGUGGAGAGAUGGCUCACACGAACAGAACCGUCCCUGCAGACCCAUGAGGAGAGCACGUACCGAGGAAAAGAAUGCGAGGAAUGUAGCCGCCGUCCGGACUGAAGGCCUUGUCCGCCGGUUCCUCGUCGUCCUGGUGAUAAAGACACAGUGAUGUGUUUCGGCUCGAGGUGCAUGGCCUCACAUCACUGUCACGUAUUCAACUCACAUUACAACACUCAAAUAUUCAGCUCCUGCAUCCUUAAUAAAAAUGGCAGGCAGCUCAUCCCACUCACCUCCAGGUUGAUCAUCACAAAGUUAUGUGCCAGCUCAGCGAUUUCCUUGGAGUCGGCAAAUUUGGGCUUCAGUGCUGGUUGCAAAAUAUGAAAACAUGAGACUGUAAUUCAUCUCCAGCCACUUUCCAUUGCUGCUUCUGCCAUUCUUGUCUUAGUACCAUUCAACACAAAAUAUUAUCUUCACUUUUCUAUCAUCUGUCAAGUCUUCUCACAACAGCAUGUA